AUGGACGCCCUACAAAAGACUAUUCUGGAUCCUCUCCAACCCUAUCUCCGUCCUAUCGUCGAGGCUAUUCCCGAGCCCGUUCAUGACGUUGUUGUCUCAUUGAUCGGCGCACCAUGCCAUAGCGCACUACUGCUCGACCUCGAUGUUACAAAGGACCCGGCGUGCACAUCCUUGGCCAUUUCCAAGGCGCUUGGCCUUGCUAUUGUCGGCGCUAGUGCCGUUGUCAAGGUUCCCCAAAUCCUGAAGCUGAUCAACUCCCGCUCAUCUGCUGGUGUCUCUUUCGUCUCGUACGCCCUUGAAACCGCCAGCUUGCUCAUCACUCUAUCAUACGGCGUUCGCAACCAGUUUCCCUUCAGUACCUAUGGCGAGUCCGCUCUCAUUGCUGUCCAAGAUGUUGCCGUUGGAGUUCUCGUCCUGACCUACGCUGGUCGAUCCGCUGCUGCUGCUACCUUUAUCGCGGUGGUUGCUGCCAGCGUAUACACACUACUCUUCGACCAGACCCUUGUCGAUGCGCAGACCAUGUCUUACUUACAAGCUGGUGCUGGCGCUCUUGGUGUGGCUAGCAAAGCACCCCAGAUCUAUGCCAUCUGGCGGGAGGGCGGAACCGGACAGUUGAGCGCAUUCGCGAUCUUCAACUACCUCGUUGGAUCGCUGUCCAGAAUCUUCACCACCCUGCAAGAAGUCGACGACAAGCUCAUUCUCUAUGGAUUCAUCGCUGGCUUCUCCCUCAACGUGAUUCUCGCAGCCCAGAUGGUCUAUUACUGGAACAGUCCGGCACAGAAGAAGACAUCGAAGAAGAACUCCCAGGCAAAGACCGUAGAGAAGACCACCAGGGGCGUAAGCUCUGGUGUCUCCCCUAAGGCGGGCUCAAAGAGCCCUAGCACACGCCGACGGGGUUAA